AUGGACCAAAACCAACAUUGGCAACAGCAACAGCAGCAAUAUUACUACAUGCAGCAACAGCAACAAGAACAGCCAGCUCCACCAGGCCUGAACGGAGCAAGCUCCCCAUACAAUCAACAAACACAACAAUACGCUCAAUAUGGAUACGAUCCAUCAACUCUCCCCCCUGGAACUGCUGCGCCCGCAUACGCUUACGCUAAUGUACAAUACUAUUACCCUCAAGCUGCUACUCAACAACAACAACAACAACAAUACUAUGCGAAUGGUUACGCAGCAACAACAGCAUACGCAACUUCACCGACUGCGGGCGCUUCUUCAUCAGGACCUACAGCAGCACAGCAAGCACAACAACAAUCAGCAUACAAUGUGCCUCCUUGGAAGACUAACUACCAAAGACCAACCAGUAAUACUGUUGAAUCGCGCUCCUGGUUGCCAUCAAUUGCUAAUAUGCACUUUUCAUCUGUUUCAGAACCUGAAUAUCACUCUGUCAAGCCUGUUUCUGGUUCAACGCCGCCUCCAGCUGGAGCCCCAGUUGCUCCAACUCAAACUUCAACUCCACAGCAACCUACCACAGCGAAAUAUCCACCAUCUCUAAAGGCAUAUGUGUUUCGCGCAUUCGAGAAUGUAGACAAGAAUAGACGGGAGGCAGUAGAAGAGUUUUUGCAAAAGUUGGUCAAGAAAGCAAUGACUGACGGUACCUUGAAUUCGACAGAUUGGGAUAAGAUGCCUCUGCCACAGGAAAGUAUGGACGCAGCAGCAACAACAACCACAGCAUCAAUAGCACCUACACCGACAGUAAAAACAACCAAAAUACCUGCAAAUAGCAAACCCAUCACCAACAAACAAGUCAACACACCACCACAACCGACCAAAGAACCAAACGCCAAACAGAAGAAGAAGAAGAUAAAACUGGAAGACGAUGUCGACAUGGAAGAGACUCGAAUCCAAGCUGAUCUGGCUGCUAUUGGCGCUGACGACCAUAAACGAGCACAGAGAGCAGCCAGAUUUGGAAGUGAAGACAAGGUUCUCAAACCAGGCAAGAGGAGAAUGCAAGAUCGACACCAUUCUGAUGAUGUUAAUUACGAUGAUCGAGAUCCACAUGUCAUUGUUGGUACUUCAACUACUCUGGAGAAGCGUUACUUGAGAUUGACUGCCGCACCUGAUCCAUCAACAGUGCGGCCAUUGUAUAUCUUGAGAAAGUCGCUAGACUUUGUUCUGAAAAAGUUCAUGGAUGACAACACAAACUAUCCAUAUGUAAAUGACCAACUCAAGUCUAUUCGACAAGAUAUGACUGUACAGGGUAUCAAGAAUGAGUUCACCGUCGAAGUCUACGAGAAGCAUGCCAGAAUUGCGUUGGAGAAGAGUGAUUUGGGCGAGUACAAUCAAUGCCAGACCCAGCUCAAAUACUUGUAUUCUUCUGGCACUCCAUCCAAGUAUACAAACGAAUUCGUGGCAUACCGCAUUCUGUAUAUGCUUCACACCAUGAACCGAACGGAACUGAAUAUCGAAAUGUCUGAAUUGACGGCUGAACAAAUGAACUCUCCUCCCAUAAUACAUGCCCUCAAAAUACGUAAAGCCAUCAAUUCCACCGACUACCACACCUUUUUCAAGAACUACACCAACGCGCCCAACAUGGCAGGCUACCUCAUGGAUCAUUUCGUGGAACGUGAACGCAUCAAGGGACUACGAGUCAUGUGUCGAGCCUAUAGACCUUCACUUGCAAUAUCACUCGUAGCUUCUCAACUAGGAUUUAUUAUGCAAAACCACCAUACGGAUCUUGUGACUGAUCAAAUGAUUACAGAAGGUAUCAGACAAGCGAAUGAAUGGUUGCAUGCUACUGGGGUGAUAUGGAUUGCUGGAUCUGAUGGGAGUUUGGUUUCUACCAAGCAGUCCACGUUAAUAUUAGAAGCGAAGGAGAAACAGAUGGUUAAUAAGGGAGUAGAUAUUAAAGGCCAAAUUUAA